UGAGAUGCAGCCUGUAUAAUCAUCCCAGCAGCAGCAGCAGCAUCAGUGUGUGUAACUGUGAGUGAGCGUGUGUGUGUGUGAGAGAGAGAGAGAGUGUGUGUGUGUGUGUGUGCGGGUGUAGUAGCCUCAAACAGGGGGGGAAUCUGGACACCCUCUCUGGAUUGAAUAGGACCCUCUCUGCAGGCAGGCAGGCCGUGCUUCUGUGUUUUUUUGUUGUUGUUGCCCCCUCUCAAUGUGUUUUUUACCAAAUGGAAGCAGAGGUGUUAAACCCCCAGAUGAUGGCAGACGUCAAUGGCAACAAUAAAAUCAGCAACGCGGAGCUGGAGGUGUUAAAGCUGCAGGAAUUGGUCCGAAAACUGGAGAAGCAAAACGAACAAUUGCGGAGCAGAGCGAACGCUGUAAACAAUUGCUCCAUCGGCCCUCAUCUCAGCCAGACCUCGUUACUGCCGUGUCUGCACGGAGGCGCUACGACGCCGUGUCCGAGUGACAAUUUCUCCGCUAAAUAUGGCAUUUCGAGCCCGGCGCAGACGCAUCCGUGCGCACCGGGACUCGGAGGUCCAGCGGAGGAGGAGGAGGAGGAUUCGUUCGCCUAUUUUCAGCCGAGCUCGGUGUCUCCUGACGCCGCUGUGGGGGACAGCAGCACCGCUGGAGCCUCUGGAACUGUCCUGGAUGAGGUUGAUAUCUUGGACCUGAACAUGGUGCUCCCUGUCGGAGAGCCUGAUAGCUGGCUGUAUGUGAGUCCCAAAGCCAAGCUGCAUGGCGAGAGUAUCCUCAGCCCUCUCCAGUGGUGCAGGCAGGUACUGGACCACCCGGGGCCGGAGGUGGAGCUGGCCAAGAUGACCCUCUGUCACAGACUGGACCAAGCCAAGCGGAGGCGAGGAGUCUCCUCCGUCCGUCCGUACAGCUGCAUAGAGGGGCUCUCCACCCUCAGCUGCCCCGUCCUGCCUUACACUAAAACUGCUGCACUAACCGAGUCCCCAGCCCCGUUGCCGUCAUCAGGUCAGUCCUUUGUCCAGCCGACUCUCCCGCUCAGGCCCAGCUGCAGCUUCAGUGACAGAGCGCCCACCUUCCUAUCGAACUCCACUCUCCACAACGUGGGUCGGCGCCAUGCAGCGAUCAGCCCCCAGUCUUCCCUGGACAGCGAGGUGGGUGUGUCGGAGCUGGAGGAUGACACCAUCUCUGUUAUGAGCUACAAACUGCAGGACAUGACAGACGUGGAGGUCAUGGCACGACUUCAGGAGGAGAGUCUCCGACAGGACUACGCCUCUACCUCAGCCACAGCCAGCCGUCGCAGCUCCAGCUUCUCCUUACACUCCCUCAGGCGCAGCGAGAUGGAUCUGGAGGAGGAGGACGAGGAGGACGAGGGGUACGACCAGCUCCCUCCUCCCCAGCCUCGACUGUUCCGCACAGGGUCUAUGCAGCGGGGCGGCCUGCCCCACUCUCACACCUUCUCCAGUAUCAGAGACUGCAGACGGACCUCAGCCACCCCUCAGUUUUCACUCAGUGGACUCUCCCAGUACUCUGGACCCUCCAGCCUGACCACAGAAACACACACAGCAUACAGGAAUAGCACAGACAAGCUACGGAGAAGCAUGCCCAAUCUGAUCCGAGCUCCCAGCAUGCCAAGCGUUCCCAGUAUUCCAUGCCUGGCUUCCCCCGUCAACCCACCCUCCCACGGUCCCUCCUCCUUGCCAAUGAUAUCCUCCCUCCGGAGCAGCCAGAGUUUUGACUCAUCCAAUGGGCUCGCACGACUCCAGUCCUCCAUUCCUUCCCCGGGGCAGCUCAGUCAGCGAGUCCAAAGCGUGGGCAACUUCCCCACCACGACCCGGCACCCGCUAAAAGCAACAGCUUACGUAAGCCCCACGGUGCAGCAGGGCCCCAAUUCCACCUCCCUGUCCAGCUCUAUCAGUCUACACUCCAUCCCCAGCAGCACCGCGCUGUCUCAGCCCCUAAAACCGAGCAUCAGUUUGGUACCGCAACCUUUAAAGACCGGCGCCAACCAGUUGGCCAUACCUCGCAGCUCCCUUCCUCGCCCGGCCUCCUUUGUGGGAACGAGUGGUCUUCCACGUGCAAGCAAAAUCACCCAACCUACACGCAGUUUGCUGACUCCUCCAAAGAGCCUAGCCGCCCUGAGCACCUUGAGGGACGGCAGCUGGAAAGACGGCUGCUACUGAAGCCCAGACGAACUGACGUACGAGAGGAGGUGCACAGGGUAACACUGCAUGGGACCCAACUGAUUUAAAAUGUUGAUGUCAGGAGGGCCCAGUCUUGGGCUGCGACCCAAGAGAGAGUGACUGUUAACAUUUCUAAAAGGCACUACUCUCCACUGAAGGACGACGUAGUGACCGAUAACAGUACGGGUCCAGCAGGCUGGAUCUUUAACUUACUACCUGCUGAAACACACACACACACACACACUGACACACUAUGAAGCAACCUGGCAAUAUUCUGAUAAUCAGUUGUUAAAUGUGUUUUUUUUUUUAUUUCAUUGUGGAUAGUUUAAGGCUUUCAUUCAACAGAAUACAAAAAACGCUUUUUUUGCUUUGUAAUGAUUUCAUGAUUUGUGAUUUAUUCAUUUUUGUCAGACUGUGUGAUGUCAGAUAUGAAGUUUGUUACAAAAAAAAAAAAAAGUAGUGUAAUUCAUGUCAGUUAUAUUUAUUGGCUGGACCUCGCAGCACUUUUAAUCAGAAUUAUGAUUAACACAUUAAAAUAAAUGAUAUGCUUUGUUUUUCUUAAGUAAAGUACGACGUCACGUUAAAGUAAGUGUGCACACGGUUUAUCUUUUCCAUUAUUGUUUACAUAAGAGCUGAUAUUUUUAAUGUUCUUUGAUAAACAUAAUCGAUCCGAUGAUAUUGCACACAGAGCCCUGAUGCUUUUUAUGGAUGAGAAGAAUUUAAAGAGGAGGUGAGUUUUUAAAGUGAAUAAAAGCCUUU